AUGUUGUCUUCUUUAAAAAGCCCAUAUCAAAGUGGUAUUAGUGCUAAUGUUGCAUAUGGUUUUGGAUACGAUACAAUAAUUGAAAAGUAUAAGGUGGUUGUUAUUUUUAUCAAGGCUAGUGGUAAUAAAGCUAAAAUAAAAGUGCAUGAUUUGGGAACUAAUUCUUGGAGAAUGGUUCAAGACGAUGUCCUUGUUCAUGGAACGCUAACUUUUGUUAAAGACACACUUCAUUGGUUUGAAGACAUUGAUUAUAAUAUUGUUUUUUUUAAUUUUGUGAAUGACUCAUAUCAAAAGUUUACUCACCCUAAUUAUGGUUUAGAAAUUGAGGCUAGUGUGAAUUUGAGUGUGUUAAGGGAUUUUUUGUGUAUCUUAGCUCGAAGACAUGAUUUUUGUGAUGUUUGGCAAAUGAAGCAUUACGGAAAUGAAGAAUCAUGGUCUAAAUUGUGUCGAGUUCAUUUUCCUUCACUUGUUUCCUUAACGAAGGCAAUAUGGAUUUCGACCGACGAUCAAGUGAUGUUGGUAUAUGUGGCUUUGCUUAGAAUGAAUGUGGCUAUUUUUCGAUAUCAAUAA